CUUGGGUUUUGGCUACAGUCAGUCUGCGUCAAGGAUAAACCCAAACAAUCUUAACUGACUAGACAGGGCCAGAACGAUGAAUCAGUCAAGACAGAUCGAACCCGUCCCUGCUGCAAACAGCAGUCUUGACAGUACUUUUAGUGUGACCUUUAACCACUCCUGUCCUCUAAGCUGGGCUCAAAAUGACGGCAUGGACACUUGCGUCUUUGAGACGGCUCUCAUCGUGCUGCUUACUGUGCUUAUCAUUGCUGGAAAUUUGACCGUCAUCUUCGUGUUCCACUGUGCCCCCUUGCUGCACCACUACACCACUAGCUACUUCAUCCAGACCAUGGCUUAUGCUGACUUGCUGGUGGGCCUAAGCUGCCUGGUGCCCACGUUCUCUCUGCUGCACUACCCGACUGGCAUCCAGGAACCUUUGACCUGCCAGGUGUUUAGUUACGUCAUUUCAGUGCUAAAGAGUGUCUCUAUGGCCUGCCUGGCCUGCAUAAGUGUGGAUCGCUACCUGGCCAUAACGAAACCCCUUUCCUACAACCAGCUCGUCACACCUUGCCGUUUGCGCUGCUGCAUCAUCAUGAUUUGGAUCUACUCCUGUACAGUGUUUCUUCCGUCCUUCUUCGGUUGGGGGAAGCCUGGAUACCAUGGGGAUAUCUUCGAGUGGUGUGCCCAUUCCUGGCCGACCUCUGCGCUGUUUACCGGCUUCGUGGUGUGCCUGCUGUACGCCCCAGCAGCGCUCGUAGUCUGCUUCACGUACUUUCACAUCUUCCGCAUCUGCCAGCAACACAACCGAGAGAUAAGUGAGCGAAGGGCUCGCUUUCCCAGCGCAGAAAUGGAGGCCGGCGAGGGAGGAAACCACGCAGGCCACGGCCCCGACAGACGCUACGCCAUGGUGCUCUUCAGAAUCACCAGCGUCUUUUACAUGCUCUGGCUUCCCUACAUUAUCUACUUUCUCCUGGAGAGCUCGCACAUCUUGGACAGCCCUGCUUUGUCAUUCAUCACCACCUGGUUGGCGAUCAGCAAUAGCUUCUGCAACUGCGUCAUCUACAGUCUGUCAAACAGUGUGUUCCGGCUGGGCAUGCGUAGGCUCUCGCAGACGCUCUGCUCCUCCUGUUCUUUCAGCCCUUGUGCCCAUGAUGACAUGGACUUCAGAGAGCCGAAGCCUAGGAAAAGAGCCAACUCAUGUUCAAUCUGA